AUGGCAGUCAUGAAGGUUGUGGCCCAAUUGGGGCUGCUGGUCGCGAUGCUGUCUGGCGUUGUGGCCUUUGAUCGCAAUGAGGUUGAUCUGAGCUAUCGCCCGGCCACGACGCAUGUGGUCUCACCCCUGCCCAUUGAGUACACGGACGUGGCUUCGCUGCCAAGUUCUUAUGACUGGUGCAACAUGAACGGCACCAACUACUGCUCAGCUUUGCUCAUCAUUGUGUCUGCUUUGUUUUCGUGCUCUUUGCUGCUCGUCGUCUUUGAACACCCAUCUCCAAGGACGACCCGCAAUCAGCACAUCCCGACUUACUGCGGUAGCUGCUGGGCGCACGGCGCGACCUCGGCCAUGGCGGAUCGCAUGAACAUCAUGCGCAAAGCCCAGUGGCCCUCGGCUUACUUGUCUGUGCAGCACGUGAUUGCUUGUGGUGAUGCUGGUAGCUGCGAAGGUGGCGAUCAUCUGGCAGUGUGGAAGUACGCCAAGGAGUUUGGCAUUCCCGAUGAAACCUGCAACAACUAUCAGGCCAAGGACAUGUCUUGCACCGACUUCAACGCCUGCGGCACUUGCCAGCCCGGCAACGUCUGUGCACCCAUCAAGAACUACACUGACUACAAGGUCUCCGAAUACGGUUCCGUGCAUGGUCGCGACGCCAUGAUGGCCGAAAUUUACCACCGCGGUCCCAUUUCGUGUGGCAUUGCCGCCGACACCAAGCUGGACGACUACACCGGCGGAAUCUUCGCCGAGUACGUGCCCAACGCUUCGAUCAACCAUAUCAUCUCCAUCGUCGGCUGGGGCCUCGAUGCCGCCUCGGGUGUUGAGUACUGGGUUGUUCGCAACUCGUGGGGCCAACCCUGGGGCGAACAGGGCUUUUUCCGCAUCGUCACCUCCAAGUACAUGAACGGUACCGGCAACGACUACAACCUUGCGAUCGAGCAAGACUGCGCUUGGGGCGUGCCCGACAUCUAA